AUGAUCGUCAGAAGUGGCCACUUAUCACGGCCGGGGAAGCCGCCUUCUGGCCAUGUCGACGAAGUUUGUCAGGGGUGGUCUUUGUGGUCACUUUGGCAUCAUUCAAUUCCUCGGCGUUGGAUCAAGAUGCUCGUUCUACUAGGCUUAGUAUGUCUCUUUUCGGUUGCUCUUAGCGUGAACCUCAAUCACAAUCUCGAGGCUCGUCUUGAGCAGGAGGCUGCGGUCGGUCAUUUCCCUCCUCCUCGCCAGACCAACCAACAUACCCAUGAUCCUACUAUUAUGCGCGUCGGUGAUACCUUCUACCUAUAUAAUGUCGGCGAACACAUCUUCAUUCACACUGCUCCUACCAUGGCUGGGCCAUGGAAGCACGUUGGAUCUGUGCUCGAUGCCAACGCGGUGAUCCCCAAGGGCGACCGUGCCGUGCCUUGGGCUCCUGAUGUCGUCUAUGUGGAUGGUACCUUCUACUGCUUCUACAGUGUGAGCAAGGCUGGAUGCCGUGACAGCGCCAUUGGUGUAGCGACAUCUGAUCACCCUGGGCCUGGUGGUUGGGUUGAUCAUGGCGCUGUCAUUCAAACAGGAACCGGCAAUGGAUCCGAAGUUUAUCCCUAUACCCAGUCCAAUGCCAUUGAUCCCAGUGUCAUGGUCACUCCGGAAGGAAAGCCCUACCUUACUUUCGGCAGCUAUUGGACUGGCAUUUACCAAGUUCCACUCGACAACACGCUUCUUUCUCCGAUGAGUACUACGGAACCCGAUGCGAAACACCUGGCUUGGGAACCGAAUGCUAUCAGCACUCCGGCUCGAAAGACCACUUCGGUCUGCGGUGACCCCACCGGACCCCAUGCCAUUGAAGGUGCAUUUAUUUCAUACCACGAUGGGUGGUACUACUUGUGGUACAGCCACGGAUACUGCUGCAACCUGAACAAAGACAAGCUACCACCCGCUGGCACCGAAUACAGCAUCCGUGUCGGACGCUCCCAAAAUGUCCGUGGUCCAUUCAUCGACAAGUCCGGUAAAGACCUGACGGAUGGCGGCGGCGAAAUCGUCUACGGCUCCAAUAGCGAGACCUAUGCCCCGGGCGGGCAAGGCGUGAUUCGAAUCGGUGACACCGACGUCCUCUACUACCACUAUCAAAACAAGACAAUCGGAGUUGCGUUCUCGGAUGCGUUCCUAGGUUUUAACCCUUUGAAGUACAUUAACGGAUGGCCCAUUGCGCUGGCCUAA